GUACUCCGGACCUGCCUGCGCUUCACGGACAGUGCUCGACGGUGGCAGGUGCUCCAGUCACUGUCUGCAAUGUGGCGGGUGAGCGACUGCUCCAAGUGUCUCUGAGGGAGUGCCCGACAGCUGCUGAGCUGAAACGACUCCUGCAGCAGCAGCUCUCGGUUCCAUCGCUUCGCCUGCGGCUUCUGGCGAACUGUUCACCCGAGCUGCUGGAGGAGGAUCUCGAGCUCGAAUCGCUGCCGAUGCCGAGGGAGCUCACGGCUGUGGUGCUCAACUACAAGCCAGAGUUCACCGUGGAAGUGUUGAAUGCUGCAGAGGACGGUGAUGUGGGUCUCACGCAGAAGCUUCUCGAGAAGCUGGCGGACCCAAAUGGCAGCGAAGGCGAAGGUUGGACUCCUUUGCACAUCACCACUCUGAAUGGGCACUUGGAGGUCGCUCGCUGCUUGCUGUCUGCUGGGGCGGACUUGGGCCGCAGAAAUGCUGACGGUGGCAGUGCACUUCACGUGGCGGCUUGGACGGGAAACCUUGAGCUCAUGAAACUGUUGUUUGCAUCAAGAGCAGAUCCGGAGAAGCCGCAGAACGAAGGGUGGACGCCCUUGCACAUCGCGAGCCGGAACGGUCAUGCACAGAUCGUGCAGUGGCUGCUCUUCGACUUGGGAGUUAAUGCAUACCAGCGGGUGGAUGCUGGCUGGAAGCUCUGCUUCAAGAGUUCAGCCCUCUAG